CACCACACGCCGGAGCUCCUUAGUCUGGUUCACGACAUCGCCGGAAUGUGCGCCGGGGCUGGAGGUGUGUCCUCCUCCGCCACCGCCAUUGCCGCCGAUGCCAUGUUUAAGAAGGAUUGCACCGAUCUGGUUCGCAGGAUCUCCCUCCUUACCCACUUGUUCGAGGAGAUUGGGGAACUGAACAAGGUUUUCGAUUCUGCUUCCAGUUCUUCCGCUACUGCUUCUGCUUCUGCUUCUUCGUGGUCCUCUGAUCUGGUCCUCGCUCUUCACUCUGCUAAGCGAUUGCUUUCGGUGGCUAGGAACUUCCGUUCCAAUUGCUCUUCUGAUGGAGCUGCCAAGACCAUUGUCUUCCAAUUUCAGUGUGUGACAUGGAAAUUGGAAAAAUUAUUAAGCAACUUACCAUAUGACAAUUUAGACAUCUCAGAGGAAGUCAAAGAACAGGUGGAUUUGGUAAGAACACAGUUAAGAAGAGCUACAGAAAAAUAUGGGUAUAUGAUUUCAACAAUGCCAUCUUAUGAAUUAUCCCAGCCUCUGGAUCAAGAACUUAGUCAGGUUCUUGGCAAAUCUCUGAGUGGAUUGCACAAACAAAACAGCUGUCCUGAACAUUUAUCAGAACUAGACAGCAUUCCUAAAAUCAAUGGAGGGAAAAGUUGCAGCACAUAUCGAGCAGGAUCUCGCUUGGAAAGAGCAAGGAGCAUUUCUGAGGUUUCCUUAUCAAAUGUAACUGAUCCUGAAAGUCAAGAGAUUUCUGAGAGAAAAAGUCAACCUCAAGUUAAAAAGCCUGGAGCAAUAGUAAUUCCUGAAGAUUUUCUAUGCCCUAUAUCCUUGGAAUUAAUGAGGGAUCCCGUUAUUGUGGCCACCGGUCAGACAUACGAGAGAUCUUACAUACAGAGAUGGAUAGAUUGUGGUAAUGCAACAUGUCCGAAAACUCAGCAGAAGCUCCAACAUUUGACCCUUACACCUAAUUAUGUUUUAAGGAGCCUUAUUACUCAGUGGUGCGUAGAGCACAACAUUGAGCAGCCAACUGGACUAACUAAUGGCAAAAUAAAAAAGAGUGAUGGAUCGUUCAGAGAUGUUACUGGUGACAUAGCAGCAAUUGAAGCUCUGGUCCAGAAGCUCUCCAGCCAGUCUGUUGAGGAGCGUAGAGCAGCUGUUACUGAAAUUCGAUCACUAUCCAAACGAAGCACUGACAAUAGGAUACUGAUUGCUGAAGCCGGAGCAAUUCCAGUUCUAGUGAACCUUUUAACUUCAGAAGAUGUAUUGACGCAAGACAAUGCAGUUACUUCAAUUCUCAACCUUUCUAUAUAUGAAAACAACAAGGGACUUAUAAUGCUUGCUGGUGCCAUUCCAUCCAUUGUCCAAGUCCUCCGAGCUGGAACCAUGGAAGCAAGAGAAAAUGCAGCGGCAACCCUCUUUAGCUUGUCACUUGCUGAUGAGAACAAAAUAAUAAUUGGUGCCUCAGGAGCUAUACCCGCAUUGGUGGAAUUGCUCCAAAAUGGGAGCCCUAGAGGGAAGAAGGAUGCAGCAACAGCAUUGUUUAAUUUGUGCAUUUAUCAAGGGAACAAGGGCAGGGCCAUUAGGGCAGGGAUCAUCAAAGCAUUGUUGCUGAUGCUUACAGAUUCAAGCAAAUCAAUGAUUGACGAAGCCCUAACAAUAAUGUCGGUUCUUGCCAGCCACCAAGAGGCAAAGGUUGCUAUAGUAAAAGCCAGCACUAUACCAGUUUUAAUAGAUCUUUUGAGGACAGGAUUGCCUCGCAACAAAGAGAAUGCAGCCGCCAUUUUACUUGCCUUAUGCAAGAGGGAUGCUGACAAUCUUGCUUGCAUAAGUAGACUCGGUGCUGUCAUACCUCUUUCUGAACUUGCUCGGAGUGGUACAGAGAGGGCCAAACGGAAAGCUACUUCAUUAUUGGAGCAUCUUCGUAAGUUACAACAGGUUUGAAUGGUGAAGUUCUGCAAGGAACUUCAAAUUUAAUAUCUUCCUCUCCGAUUAUUUGACAUAAUUUUCCACACUUCGGUUUGCAAACUGAUCAUACGAGGGUGAAAUAAGCAAAGUCAGCCUCAUUGGUUCAGUUCAUUCUUUCCUUCUUUUUUUGGUUUGUUCUUUGUUGACCCCUCU